AUGUCAGAAAUCGCAACUAGUGGACGUGAAGAUCUUCCCCCACCGUACAGCCAGUCUGGCACUACCUCCUUCCUAGCACCGCCCACGUGGGAGCCUCACUUUAUAGAUCUUAGCCCGGAAUUACCUCAACAUUCAUCUAUUAUUCCUCGCAAGCCCUUAGACCCCCCACCUGACUGCUUUUCCACUCCGUCACCUCUGCGAGUGAAAUCUAACGAUUUCCCUCCAUUCAGAAUCCCCUGCGCUGGGCAUCAGCUCGCAGACGGUUUCCGCAUUCUUUAUCCCUCGGAUCUACUUGAGAAACAUGGGAUACAACAGGCGGACUGGACGCGCUUCCUAGAAGAUCUUGGGAUCUCUGCUCGUCUUGCGGGUCGGGGUCUCAGUGCAGUGGGUUCUCGCGUUCCCGUCACAGCACUCCCCAUCCGUGGCAUAUUUAGCACAAGAGCAACUGGGAUGGCGUACGACUCUCAGUUCACGAGAAGUCCUAGGGAAGAGGUGCAGACAAUAAUUAGCGUGUGGAACCAGUCUGCAUUUGAGCGACGGAAAUUGCGAGUCAGUCUACAAAUCAAAGUAGGGGCGGAUACCAGGGCCGAGUAUGAGCUUCUUGUCGAGUCUCUGUGA